AGUUUUAGGCAUCUGAGGAGGCCCAUAUACAGCGAAAGUUGAGUGAUGGAGGAAGAGGGAAAUGGAAUGAGGCUAAGCAAGAGAUUUUCCGACAAAGGAGAAGUUGAUUACAAGACAAAAGCAGGGACAGCUUGGUCUCACAAUUUCCUUAACCAGAAACCUUGGCAUCCUCUUUCUUACCCUAACCAACGUCGCAAAUGGAUUGCUGAACAGACUCAUGCUCAGAGAGAGCUUCGAGCUGAGGAAAUUUCCCGCGAGUAUGCUCAAGAACAGGAGUAUUUUCGACAGACUGCUCUUGUCUCCAAGAAAGAGAAAGAAAAGAUGGAGAUGAUGAAAGCUGUUAGCUUUAUGUAUGUGCGACCGCCUGGCUACAAUCCAGAAAGUGCAAAAGCUGCAGAGAUUGCUGAGGAAGCAAAAAAUCAAGACACAUCUGCAGCAGGCGCCUCCUCUACUGGGAGACCUGAAGUGCCACCUGAUCAGGAGAAAAAGAAACCAAGGGCAAAGGAUGUUUUUGGCCGUGCUUUGCCAACAGGAGAAGAAUUUGAAGUGCUUAAAAAUGCUCCAAGGAUGGAAACAGGUGUUGUUGGAAGGGCCAAACCCUUUGGAAUCGAGAUACGUAAUGUCAAAUGCGUCAGAUGUGGAACCUUUGGCCAUCAGAGUGGUGAUCGUGAAUGUCCAUUGAAAGAUGCUAUAAUGCCAAAUGAAGAGAGUCGAAUAAAAAGAGAUGAUCCUUUAACUGCUAUCCUGGCCCAGACAGAUGCUUCUGAGCCUUUGAAGUGGGAGCUCAAACAAAAGCCUGGAAUCAGUCCUCCACGUGGUGGGUUCGAACUUGACGACCCCAACCAACAGAUAGUUGCUGAGGACACGGACAUAUUUGAUGAGUAUGGAGGAUUUCUUACUGGGGAUAAUUUACCUGAUUUGCUGGCCAGCUUAUCAAGCAAACCAAAGAAGAAAAAGAAGUCCAGUAAAAGCAAGCACAAAAAGCGGUCUUCACCAGCUAGAACAGAUUUACGUGAUGAUAAAGAAAUUAGUUCAUCUUCGGAUGAUGAUAGAGGAAGAACACUGAAGAAGAAAAAGCACAAGAAGGCUCGGAAGCAGUCCCCCGAGUCUUCCGAGGACUCUGAUAGGCAUCAGAGACGGAGUAAUGGACAGAGACAUCCGCGGUCAAAUUGGGGAAAGCAUUCUGAGUCAAGUUCAGGGAAUGACGAUAAUGACAGGCAUCAGAGGAGGAGUAACAGACACAGACGUUCACGGUCAAGUUCACCCGAGCUUGAAGAGAAGGAUGACAGGAAGAAGAAUCAUCACCACAAUUAUCAUGACUCAAAGGACAAUGAUGAUGACAGGCAUCAGAAAAGGAGUAACAGACAUAGGCGUUCACGGUCAAGUUCACCCGAGCCCGUAGAUAAGGAUCACAAGAAGAAGAAUCGUCACCAUCAUCUUCAUGACUCAAAGGACGAUGAUAAUGACAGGCAUCAGAAAAGGAGUAACAGACACGGACGUUCACUGUCAAGUUCACCCAAGCCUGAAGAGAAGGAUCAUAGGAAGAAGAAUCAUCACCACCAUUAUCAUGACUCAGAGGACGAUGAUAAUGACAGACAUCAGAAAAGGAGUAACAAACAUAGACAUUCACAGUUAAGCUCACCCGAGCCCGAAGAUAAGGAACACCGGAAGAAGAGUCAUCACCACCAUUAUCAUGACUCUAAGGACGAUGACAAUGACAGGCAUCAGAAAAGGAGUAACAGACACGGACGUUCACGGUCAAAUUCACCCGAGCCUGAAGAAAAGGAACACAGGAAGAAGAAUCAUCACCACCAUUAUCAUGACUCAGAGGACGAUGAUAAUGACAGACAUCAGAAAAGGAGUAACAGACAUAGACAUUCACGGUUAAGCUCACCCGAGCCCGAAGAUAAGGAACACAGGAAGAAGAGUCAUCACCACCAUUAUCAUGACUCUAAGGACGAUGACAAUGAUAGGCAUCAGACAAGGAGUAACAGACAUGGACGUUCACGGUCAAAUUCACCCGAGCCUGAAGAAAAGGAACACAGGAAGAAGAAUCAUCACCACCAUUAUCAUGACUCAAAAGAUGAUGAUAAUGACAGGCAUCAGAAAAGGAGUGACAGACACAGGUCAAGUUCACCUGAGCGGGAAGACAAGGAACACAGGAAGAAGGAUCAUCACUACCGUCAUCAUCGUAGUCGGCAGCGGCACAAUCAUUCUGAGUAUUCAUGACCAUGAAGUUAUAGUAUCUAGGUGUUUCCUCCUGUAAAGGAGCUCUAGGGCCUCUUUGAGAUGCAAAACAGGUAAAGGAAGAAAUGGUAAGCCGCAUAAAAUCAGUAAAAAGAAAGUGAUCAGUCCAGUGAUGGAGUUAACUCCAAGCACCUCUGUUUCUAUCGAGAGUUUUUAUCAUGUUUGGCUAUCAAAUUGGGAGUUUUUGGCUUAGUUUUUCUGGUUACCAGCCCUUCUGUUCCUUAUUGUUGUAGUGAAUGCAAUUUUAUGAUAUAGUUUUAGUCUCUGAAUACUGAGGUGGUUUUUCCAACAGAA